AGCGCUGCCGGCGCUGAUGUGUCUUUCCCUCUGAUGUUCCGCUGCCAGUGUUGAGAAAGCGGUGCACGGUUCUCUACAGUACACGCACAAUAUCCAUAACACUACAGAACAAUGGUUAAAAUUGGGUUCCUGGUAGCACUUUUGUUCUGCCUGUGCAGAGGGGAGAGUUGCCUGAAUCCAGUCAUUACCCCAUCCACGUACACCACCAGUGAUGCAGUCAUCUCCUCAGAGUCUGUCUUCAUUGUGGAGCUCAGUUUAACAUGUGCCAAUGGAGUACAGAGUGUCGCAUUGUACGCUGAUGUCAAUGGAAGGCAGUUUCCUGUGACAAGAGGCCAAGAUGUUGGAAAGUACCAGGUGUCAUGGAGUCUCCCCCACAAGCAGGCCAGCUCAGGGACGUACCAAGUCAAAUUCUUUGAUGAGGAGUCCUAUAGUGCACUGCGCAAGGCUCAGAGGAACAAUGAGGACGUAGACACAAUCAAGCCCCUCUUCUCUGUCAACGUGGAUCACAGAGGAGCGUGGAGUGGCCCUUGGGUGUCUACAGAGGUCCUGGCUGCUGCCAUUGGCAUCUUGGUGUACUACUUUGCCUUUAGUGCGAAGUCCACCAUUCAGGCAUGAAGAACAACCACUCCUCUCACAUGCUUCAUCAGCAUUUCCAGAAAUACCUCCAUUCUCUUUUCCUUGCAUUCUUUUACACAAGACCAUUCUUUAAUUACUUGAUUUAUAAGAUCUGAUUGUCAUACUGCAUAAGGCAUAUUAUUCACAGAAGACGUGGUGUUUUGAUAUUUAUUUAUUUUUUUCAUUUUGAUCAGAUGUAAUUAUUUUUUGUUCUUUUUUUGGUCGUUAAGUGUGCAUGUUGGCCCCCUGCUGAUCCUGAAAAGACUUUUGUACAAUAACCACUGUAACUGUAUGCUACAGUGGAUUAGGCUUUUAGGCUAUAUCUUUCAUACUGUAAGCUCAGUUGUAAAUACAAGCAGAAAGAAUUAUGUUUCAGUCAUACCAAUAGAGACAGUGACCGUGUUUUACAUUCAUUUGUAUUGUGACAAGGAAUAAACCAUUUCAAAUGUUGA